GGCCGCGGGGCGGGGUGGGAGGAUCUCCCGUCCCGCUGAGCCGGUCCCUGGCGGGGGGUCUCCGCUUGGGCGACCCGUGACCCGUCCGAGCGUGGGGAGCGAAAAUGGUGUUGCUGCCCCAGUCGUGCAAGGAAGGGGAAGUGUUUCCUUUGGCUUGCCCCAACGCUCAACAUGCGUGGUGCCAGAUCCUCAACAUAUCAGAGCUACAAGCUUCUUUCUUUGCCUAUUCGGGAAGAUACCCCAACGAAACAAUGUUGAAUGUUUCCACUCCGCAAGGAAGCAAAUAUAGUUUAUACCUGGGUGUCGCAUUGGCCAUCGGCUCCAGUAUCUUUGUGGGAUCCAGCUUUAUACUGAAAAAGAAGGGCCUUCUGCGAAUGGCGGCAAAAGGUUUCACGAGAGCUGGAGAGGGGGGCUAUUCUUAUCUCAAAGAAUGGUUAUGGUGGGCAGGAUUGCUUUCAAUGGGAAUAGGAGAAGCUGCAAACUUCGCGGCCUACGCCUUUGCCCCUGCAACUCUAGUCACUCCACUGGGGACACUAAGUGUCCUUAUAAGUGCAAUAUUGUCUUCCUAUUUCUUGGAUGAAAGGCUUAACAUUCAUGGAAAGCUGGGCUGUGUGUUAAGCAUUCUGGGUUCCAUAGUGAUGGUGAUCCAUGCUCCCGAAGAGGAACAAAUCACAUCAUUGGAUGACAUGGAAAUAAAAUUGAAAGAUCCAGUGUUCAUCACGUUUGCUGCUGUCAUAACUGUGACCUCACUGGUCCUUAUCUUUGGUGUCGCUCCACGGUUUGGACAGACAAAUAUAUUGGUCUACAUCUCCAUCUGUUCACUGAUAGGGGCUUUUUCAGUCUCUUCCGUCAAAGGCCUGGGCAUCGCUAUUAAGGACAUGCUUUAUCAGAAACCAGUCUUCCGAAAUCCACUGCUCUAUGUUUUAGCAGUAAUUUUGGUGCUGGCUGUUAGUACUCAAAUCAACUAUCUCAACAAAUCAUUGGACGUGUUUAAUACGUGUCUGGUCACUCCCAUUUAUUACGUGUGCUUCACCACCACCGUGGUGAUCUGUUCCGUUAUCCUCUUCAAAGAAUGGAACAGCAUGGAACUUGGGGAUAUCGUUGGAACCUUGAGUGGAUUCUUCACCAUAAUUAUUGGUAUUUUUUUACUUCACGCUUUCAAAAAUGUCAGCAUUACCUGGAACCAGUUGGCAGCUUCUGUGAAAAAAGACCCCAAUUUGCCUCUGCAUGCUUAUGAGUCUCCUCAUAUGUUAUUGGAAAAUAUGGACGCUCCCGUUUCGAUAUGUGAUGAGGAUAACACGCUGUUCAGCCGAGAGAUGAACAACAGUAGCCGCCAUUAAAUCAUCUCUCACAGCUUACCGCCAACCACAGCAAUUUUCAGCCUCACUAUCUCAGAAUUUGGAGGAACCUGAAGGGGGGAAUGUCAUUUGCUUUAGGGUUAGGAAAGGAUCAUUCUAGUAUUUCUGCAUUUCCCAUCUUUGACAGCAUGCAAAGGUCACCAGUAGCAGUAAUACUGUUUGAGUGACGACUACAGUUGCUAAUAAACUGAAUUUUAUAUGUAAUGUAUUUUCUAAAUCAUAUUUUAUAUUUUUACUGUUUUAAAAUAAGAUGUUUGCUCAGGGCUAAGUGAAGAUAUUUUGUGAAAACCAGGAUUUUUUCUAAUGACCAGCAUGUUAGUAAACUGGAAGUUUUAAUUUAUUCUAAUUUUCCAAGUAGGAAACAUCCCAAAAGAACCACUUCUCUUUUUUUUUUUUAGGUGUAACUUCCAGCAACAAAGUUUAAAGUCUACUGAAGUACAUUAAAUGAAAACAGUUAGCACUGAGUUAGCUCCAGACCAAGAAAUCCUUACAGCAAACUCAUGAAAUCUGGGAGUUAAGUUGGUGUACACUAAACAUUUCUAGAAAGCCUUUUAAGUUUUAUUUGCCUCAUCAGUUGCUUUUAAUUGUUCAGGAUGAUAGAUUAGUUUUUAAGACACACACAUGUAUACUCACAAAUGAUAAAGUCUCUUCCUUUUUACACAGAAGUAUAUUAUGAUACAGUGUUGAUAUUUUUUUUUUUUUAAAAUCCAUAGUGUCCUUUGUUAUUUUGUGAACUGAAAAGUGACUUUGGUUGCAAGUCAAUGUCUGAAGUAAAAUUAUCACUGCCAAUAAAUUUGGUUUCGAAAUAGAAUUCCAUCUGUAAACAUAGGCUUGGCUGUGUGGAGAUUUUUUAGUUAUCUCUUCAGUAUUUAAUAUUAACACAGCUGGACAGGUUUUAUUAAACAAAUAAACAAAUUAUAUAUUUAGCUCGCAGUAAUGGAUAGGCAUGGACUUGGAUAAUACAGUCUUUUAGCUCUGAAUUUUUCUUAUUACACUGGUUUAUUAAGAAUUGGCAUCUGUUCCAUGAUAAGGAACCGGUUAAGGAAAUACAAAUUUGUAAUUUUUAUUUUAAAUGGUCAUUUAACUGUGUGCUUCAUCUGAGAAGCAUGAGCAGUGACAGUGAAGUGCCAUCCGGGGGGGGGGGGAGAUGCUUUUCUGUAUCUGUAUAAAGUUUGCUAUAACUAUUUAAAAAUAUUUAAUAUUUAAUUUUCUGAAUGGAAAAUCGUUGGAACUUUUGAUAUAAUAUUGAAAAAAAUGAAUAAAAAUGUUUUGAUGAAGUGUAUAUUCUGCUGACAGUGGGCCAGUUUUUAUAUUUUGUAUCAGCCUAAUCAAUCUGGAGAAACCUCCUUUGAAAAACCAUGGAGGUGGCCUAAGCCAGGG